UGCCCUGCGCGGCUGCUGGACCGACGGGCGCGCCCGGGUAGGGGGGCUCUGAGCGCGCAGUGCGGACCCUCGCGGGAACCUGCGCCGCCGCCACCAUGUCUCAAGAAGGUGUGGAGCUGGAGAAAAGCGUCCGGCGCCUCCAGGAGAAGUUUCAUGGGAAGGUAUCCUCCAAGAAGGCGGGGACUCUGAUGAGGAAAUUUGGCAGCGACCACACCGGCGUGGGGCGAUCCAUCGUGUACGGGGUAAAGCAGAGAGAUGGACAGGAACUGAGUAAUGAUCUGGAUGCCCAGGACCCACCAGAGGAUAUGAAGCAGGACCAGGACAUCCAGGCCGUGGCGACCUCCCUGCUGCCACUAACAGAAGCCAACCUCCGCAUGUUCCAGGGCUGGGCACAGAUGGGGUCCUCGUCCCCCUGCUACGGGUGCGGCUUCCCCGUGUAUCCAACACGGAUCCUCCCUCCACGCUGGGACCGGGACACGGACCGCCGCAGCACCCAUACCCACUCCUGCUCGGCCGCCGACUGCUACAACCGGCGAGAGCCCCACGUGCCUGGGACAUCCUGCGCUCACCCCAAGAGCCGGAAGCAGAACCACCUGCCUAAAGUCUUGCACCCCAGCAACCCCCACAUCAGUAGUGGCUCCACUGUGGCCACCUGCCUGAGCCAGGGGGGCCUCCUGGAGGACCUGGACAACCUCAUCCUGGAGGACCUGAAGGUGGAGGAGGAGGAGGAAGAGGAGGAGGAGGGCGAGGGUGGGCAUGGGGAGUGACCCCGGACAGGUG